AUGUGUCGCCUCUUUGUGCCCUUAGUGAUUCUGUUGUGUUCAGACUUAGGACUUUGUUAUGUAAACCUUGCUGAUGUAGAAUGCGGAGUGCAAACUGCCCGAAGAGGUCGAAUAGUUGGAGGAAUUGACAGUCUACCCGGUGAAAUCCCAUGGGCUGCCAGUGUGUGGCGUCAAGGAACCCAUCAGUGUGGUGCAACCGUUAUUCAUGAUAGAUGGCUUUUAACAGCAGGUCAUUGCAUUUGCAGUGUUUUCGACGAGUUCUACAAAUCGAAACAAUUAACUGUCGUCGUGGGCUAUACAGACAUCUCUAGAAACGAUGUGAACCAGCCCUUGUCCAAAAUUAUCCCGCACCCUGAAUACAGAUGUAAUAGAAAGUCGAAUGAUGUAGCUCUGUUGAAAACGCUCCGCCAAUUGAUUUGGACUAGUGAGUUACGCCCUGCAUGUUUGCCGCAAGCAUCUUCUUCAGAUUUUAGCGGUGUUCAAGCCACUGUAGCAGGUUGGGGUUUCACGAACGAAGACAGGGGAAUAGGUUCCAGGCCCAAUAUUCUGCAGAAGACAGAUGUAGUCGUCGUUACUAACGAUGAAUGCAACAACUGGUAUGAGUCACAAGGUAGCAAGGUGAAGAUAAUUUCCACUCAAAUGUGCGCUGGAUACGAACAGGGAGGCAGGGACUCUUGCUGGGCUGACAGCGGUGGUCCACUGAUGGUGCGAGGAAGCAAAGGUCAUUCUAUGGUAGUUGGAGUGGUCUCAACUGGAAGUGGCUGUGCUCGAGCAAAAAUGCCAGGCAUUUAUACAAGAGUAUCCAGAUACACGGAUUGGAUUGUGGAUAAUGUGAAUAAUGAUAAUUUGAGAUCUGGGUUCAGAUUGUUCCAAAGGAGAAGAUUGUUCUGA